UUUUCACUGUUUUGUGUGUUUUGUUAAUAAAGUUUUAAACGUAAAUUGAGUUGUUCGGCAGGCGGCGCGUGCACAGCUGCACAGGUACGAUGACGUAGGCGUGACGUUGAUUAGCGCGGUUUAAAUUUAAAGGCGCGCGGGAACAGCAGGUGGGCAGUCGGAUACAGGGUCUGUGCGGACUUGGUAUUUCGGGGGGAGGAGGAGGAAUAACCCGUGAAAUAGCUCAGAAGAACAAUACAAGGGACGCAUCAAGGGAACGAUGGUGAGGACGAAAGCCGACAGUGUGCCGGGGGCGUACAGGAAAGCGGUGGCCGCUUCAGCGCCCAGGAAGUCUCUGGGUAGCUCCAGCUCUGCCAACUCUGCAGGGAGCUCGCAGUCUGGCACACCUGCCAAGAACAAAUAUGCUGGUGGAAACCCAGUGUGCCCACGACCCACCCCAAAAUGGCAGAAGGGUAUUGGAGACUUUUUCGGCGGCCCGAGUAGGAAGCCGGAGAAGGAGAAUCAGCUGCCGCUGUCAGACGAUGAAGAAGCUGGGGGGAGCGGCAUAUCCAAAGCGCCCAGGAAAUCUCGACCACUGCCUGAGGAUGACGACACUGAAGAUGACAAUUAAUGAGCUCUGGGGAAACUAAACCGCCAUAAAGCCAUGACCUACAACUACUUGAAAGGGCUAGUAAAUUUUACUUUAUGUACAUCUUUGUAUAUAAUGUUUUUGUUUUUUG